AUGUACAUAGAGGAAUCGCACCCUAUGUAUCCAUAUACGGAUGAUGAAAAACAACAAAUACGCAAGGAGCUUGGACUAAAAGACAAUAUAUUACAGGAAGACAUUGAUUCGAUACUUGAAUGGUAUUAUAAACAGCCUCAUUUAGCCGGAGCACCUAUAAAUCGGGAUUUCGUUGAGAAGAUGUUUAUUUUUUCGAAGUGUUCCCGUGAGAAAACGAAGAAAAAAAUCGAUCACUUUUAUAAAUGUAGAUCGGUGGCACCCGAAAUUAUUGAAACUAGAAAAAAAGUCCUUUUAGAACCGGAAACAGUAUUGUGGACAUUUUAUCGUCAAGCUGCUAUGUUGAAACUAUAUAAUGGAAAGAGGAUAUCGAUUUUUAAAAUAAACGACGCUGAUCCAAGCAGUUUCUCUAACGAAGAAGUAUAUAGAAAUACUAUUAUGUUAGGAGAUCUCCGAUUGAAAUUCGACUACGUGCUCGGAGAUAUUUGGAUAUUCGAUCUAAAAAACGUCACACUAGGACACAUAUUACGUGUUAAUGUGACCUUAAUCCAGAAAUUCGCAAAUAUAUUGCAGGACGGUAUUGGCAUCAAGCUUUAUGAAAUCCACGUCUUGAACACGAAUUCGUUAACCCAACAUCUGAUGGCUUUUUUCAAACAAUUUAUGAAACCUAAAAUAUUUGAACGAAUCAUGUUCCAUGGCAACGACGAAGAUCUUCAGACACUUAUCCCAAAAAUCUAUUUACCGAAGGAUUAUGGUGGCGACCAGCCUUCAUUAGAAGAAUUCAAAGAUAUGUACAGCAAAGAAUUACGCGAAGAUAUCACUAGGAAUUAUCUUAUAGAAUGCUGUGAACAAAUUUCAAAUGAGAAAUUGAGACCUGGAGAUUUUAAAGAAGAAUACUUAGUCGGAUCCUUUAAGAAAUUAGAUUUAGAUUAA